UUGUUAACAAUAAAAACCAUGUGUACUCUUAUUCGUUUCUCAAAGAACAACGAUGUAGCCAAUCAUAGCAUUCUGCUCUCAUGGAAAGACAGCAUAAGAUUAUCGCGUCGUUUCUACUACUCCCUCUUGUUACACGUUGGCAUAUUUGAAAUCGACGAGAGUCAAUACUAGAAUUUUACCGGUCACAGUGUCACACGAGUCUGUUUACAGCUUCUUUUCUUUUAUCUACCUUCAUUGGAAAAGCGUGCAACAAAAAUUAUUGACAACGUUGCACAGACAUGUCGAAAACAAAUAAAGAUAAAGUUUCAGCGAAACAAAAUAGUGAAGAAUAGGAAGCCGAAAACGAUAUAAAACCCGUAGAUAUAGAUGAUAAACUUUUUGAGUUACUAAAGCAGGAAAGCAAACGUCGAACGUGCGGAUUGAAUUUAAUUGCUAGCGAAAAUUACGCAACUCUCUACACGUUACAUUAUGUGAGCUCAACGUUUCAAAAUAUAUUCAGUACGGAUCCGUGUAAUUUUGAAAGGUGAGAUAUUCGCAAACAUCGUCUUUCUCCUUCCCAUUGUUAUUACGUUACGCACUGUUGUCGCACAUGUUUUUAUCUCGCUAGAUGUGACGAAAGCACAUUGCUAAACUAGAAAAACUAGCGCAGAAACGCUGCCUGAAAGCCUUCAAUCUAGAACCUGAGAUAUGGGGUUGCAAUGUUCGACCUUACACGAGAAGUCUGGCAAAUUUGGCGGUGUAUCUGGCUGUGUGCAACCCUAUCGAACUUAUGAUGAAUAUAGAAAAACCAAGCAAUUCUAGCCACGUUCUAUCAGUUCACGGUGCGACACCCAAAAACAAAUGCGUUACGCCCAUUUUCUUCGAUGCAUUAGCCUACAAUAUAGACAAAAGCAAUGAAAAAAUCGCUUACGAAGAGCUCGAAAUUAACGCAAGACAGAUCAAACCGAAGAUUAUCACUGUUGCAGCUACCUUCUAUCCAAAGUUUCUUGAUUUUAAAAAGGUCAGCGAUAUCGCUAAAAACAACAACGCUUACUUCUUCAUGGACAUAUCUGAAAUAUCGGGAUCGGUCGCCGCUGGAAUAAUACCAAGUCCUUUCGAAGGCCCAGAUGGUGCUGUUAUUUUCUACCGGAAAAACGUCUGUAACGCAAAAUCUGACCAGGAAAUUGCCUGUAAAAUAGAAGAAAGAAUCAAUCAAGCGGUCUCGCGUCUUCAAGAUUGUUCUUACGGUACUAUAGCUGCCAUAGCUGCCGCAAUGAAAAACAUCAAUACACCACAAUUUGUCGAAUAUCAGAAACACUUAGUAAAAAAUACCAAAGAAUUAAGCCAAAUUCUAAGCGAAAUUUAUACCAUUCUAAUGGGCGAGAACAUGCAUUUUGUGGUGAUAGAUCUACACCUUUCGGGUAUUAACGCCGAUCAGGCGGAAAAAGUCUUUAAUGCGGCUAAUAUUAGUUGCACCAAGUGUUACCUUCCUGAAGACAAUUCAUUUAAUCCCUAUGGUAUCAAACUUGGAAUGGCUACACUUACCACUCACAAGAGUCACUUGUCCGAUGAGGAUUUUGACAAGAUUACGAAGUUCAUACACAAAGGACUUUUCAUUGCCAGGGAAAUUUAUUGCAUCGCCAAGGACGAAAACAAGGACUUCGACGAGAUAUUAACUUCGGAAAAAACCAUUCUAGAACAAAUUGAUGUUCUGAAGAACCAAGUAGAAUGUUUGGUCCAAGCAUUAUAACGUUCUUGCUCAAUCUCGCUACGAUCUUCUUAAAUCCAAUGUGAAUUCCAAAGCGUUGAACAUUUUUCUAUGUUUACAUUAUAUGUGUACAUACACAUACGUAUGUACAUGUGUAUACUUUAAUAUAUAUAUAUAUAUAUA